CCAGGAUCAUACUCUUAAGUCGGCAGUGGGACGCAGAGGCACCAUGGCUGUGCUGGGCAUCACGGUGGCCCUGCUGUGCUGGCUGGCCAUCCUCCUGCUGGUGUCUGUCUGGAAGCAGGUCCACAGCAGCUGGAACCUGCCCCCGGGACCCUUCCCACUGCCCAUCGUUGGGAACCUUCUCCAGCUGGAAUUGAAGAAUAUUCCCAAGUCUUUGAACAAGAUGGCGGAGCGCUUCGGGCCGGUGUUCACGCUGUACCUGGGCCCGCGGCGCGUGGUCGUGCUGCACGGCUACAAGGCGGUGCGGGAGGCGCUGCUGGACCACAAGAGCGAGCUCUCGGGCAGAGGCUACAUCCCCGCGUUCCAGGAGCACCGCAACAAGGGCGUCAUCUUCAAUAACGGGCCCACCUGGAAGGAUACCCGGCGGUUCUCCCUGAUGGUCCUCCGGGACUAUGGGAUGGGGAAGCAGGGCAACGAGGAGCGGAUCCAGAGGGAGAUCCCCUUCCUGCUGGAGGAGCUCAGGAAGACCAAGGGCCAGCCUUUUGACCCCACUUUUGUCAUCGGCUGUGCACCCUUCAACGUCAUAGCGGACAUCCUCUUCUGCAAGCACUUUGACUACAACGACAAGAAGUGUCUGAGGCUGAUGAGUUUGUUUAAUGAGAACUUCUACCUGCUAAGUACUACCUGGCUCGAGUUUUACAAUAAUUUUUCAAGCUAUCUACACUACCUGCCUGGAAGCCAUAGAAAAGUACUAAAAAAUGUGUCUGAAAUAAGAGAGUAUGUGUCUGCCAGACUGAAGGAGCACCACCAGUCUCUGGACCCCACCUGCCCGCGGGACUUCACCGACUGCCUGCUCGCGGAGAUGGAGAAGAGGAAGCACAGUGCAGAGCCUUUGUACACGCUGGACAACAUCUCCGUGACCGUGGCCGACAUGUUCUUCGCGGGGACAGAGACCACCAGCACCACGCUCAGAUACGGGCUCCUGAUUCUCAUGAAGCACCCUGAGAUCGAAGAGAAACUUCAUGAAGAAAUUGACAGAGUGAUUGGGCCAAGCCGAGUGCCUGCCACCAAGGACAGGAUGCAGAUGCCCUACAUGGACGCCGUGGUGCAUGAGAUCCAGCGGUUCAUCAGCCUCGUGCCCUCCAACCUGCCCCACGAGGCGACCCAAGACACCAGGUUCCGAGGAUAUGUCAUCCCCAAGGGCACAACCGUAAUCCCUACUCUGACCUCUGUGUUGCACGACAGCAAAGAGUUCCCUGAACCAGAGAAGUUUAAGCCAGAGCACUUUCUGGACGAACGCGGGAAGUUCAAGUACAGCGACUAUUUCAAGCCGUUCUCUGCAGGAAAGCGCGUGUGUGUCGGAGAAGGCCUGGCCCGCAUGGAGCUGUUUCUUUUCUUGACGGCCAUCUUGCAGAAUUUUAAUCUGAAGUCUCUUGUGCACCCAAAGGAUAUCGACCUGAGCCCUAUGACAAUUGGAUUCGGCAACGUUCCACCGCACUACAAACUCUGUGUCAUUCCCCGCUCCUGAGCGCGAGGACACACCCAGCCCCACCUGUCUUCCCAGCGCACCUGCAAGGCCCCCCAGGAGACCCCCGACCCACCCGGGGAGCCACAGGGGUGGUCUGGACACAGCAACACUUUCCAGGGUCCCAAUCUUCAGACAGGAUUUGAAAACAAAGUCCAGAAGAUAUUCUGUUAGACUUGAUUAACUAUGAGUUUGUUUGAGGCCAUGUCAAAGCUCCUAGAAGCAUGGUAUUAAUAAUUAGGGAUCUGCCACUGCACGUCAAACUGGCCUCCUCUGAAAAAGUACAGCUGUCCAGGCACCAGCACAGAAUCAGUUUUGAAGUAUUCACAAAAAGGAAUAGGGACACGAUUUUGAAGGCUAGAAUAGGGAGAAAUAAUACAGUUUUGUCAGGAUUUAUUAACCCUGUCAAAAAUAUAUUCCCCACACUGUACCCUGGGGUGCAGUUGCCCUGGGCCUCCUUAUGACCGCCAUUCUGUGCUAUAUUUUAAGGGUAAAAUAUGUCUGAAAAGUCAACAUAGUCAUCUGUCAUCUC